AGCCGGGAACAAUUACUAGUGGCUACCCCAUGCCCCAUGUAUUCAAUGAUAGAGUAUAAAAUGUAUAAAAAUAGAAACCCUAGGCCAGCUACUAGACUCACUUGACCGACUAGAGACGCUUCAUAUAACAAUUAAUUAGCAUUUCUUUUAGAAUAAACAUUUGCGGUACAAGAUAUUCCUCUUUCUCUUUGUUCUCUCUUUCUCGGACUAAGAUCUCGGGCUACGACUAAGAUCCAAGAUCCAAGAUCGGAGAAGAUUAUUUAUCCGCGGGGCGAAGAAUAGUAAGAUAGAAAAUAUAAGAAUAUAAGAAUAUAAGAAUAUAAGAAAAAUAUAAAAGUUAUAAAUGUAAAUGUGGGGGAUAAAUUCCAAGCAGAUCACGGAUGCUUAUAGAACCCAUUGCGUAACAUUAGACGGUGGUAAAGUAGCACCUCCACAGACCCUGCUUGCUUGCGAGCUUACGCCUAGUAAGCUCCGGUUCGCUCUAAGGAAUCGGAGGAACCGCGAGUUCUCACCGAGAAGCUUGAGAGGAUGACGGACGGAGACACGGGAGUGAGUCACGCCGGGGACUGGUGACGAAUGAACGCGAUGCAGCAACAGCAGAGCCAGGGAGCUCCUGCCCCGAACGGGGUCGCCGGUGGCGCCCAACUCCCACCCAAUCCGGCCCAGGUCAGUCCGGCCUCGGGGACCACCAACAACGCCCGGCUCCAAGUCAACGGCGGCAGGUUCGACUUUGAUGACGGUGGGACCUACUGCGGGGGCUGGGAGGAUGGUAAGGCCCACGGGCAUGGAGUCUGCACCGGGCCCAAGGGCCAGGGCGCCUACUCCGGGAGCUGGCACUACGGGUUCGAAGUUUCUGGGGUCUACACCUGGCCCAGUGGCUCGGCUUACGAGGGCCAGUGGCAGAACGGAAAGCGGCAUGGUCUGGGCAUGGAGACUCGGGGCAGGUGGAUUUACCGCGGAGAAUGGACUCAGGGCUUCAAGGGCCGGUAUGGGGUCAGACAAUCCACCACUUCCACUGCGAGGUACGAGGGAACUUGGGCCAGUGGGCUUCAAGACGGAUAUGGCUCAGAAACUUAUGCAGAUUCUGGAACUUAUCAAGGACAAUGGCUGCGUGGGAUGCGUCACGGGUACGGAGUAAGAACAAGUGCUCCCUUUGGCCUUGCGAGUCAUUACAAACCUCCCAAGCAAAUCCGCGCCUCCUUGACAUCUCUAAGAAGCACCGACGGCGCACCAGCAGUCCCUCCGACUCCAGAACCGACAGAUCGACGGGACCGCCGCGUGGAUGACAGUCGCGGUGGCUUUGUACUUAAAGCACGCAGCGAUGAUCCUCCCGCGAGACGGAAAAGCUUGACGGAAAAAUCACUAAAGAAAGGAAUCCUUUCGGGGUUGAAAAUUCGGAAACAACGCAGCACAGGGGACCUGGAAAAACGGGGAACUGUCGGGAGUAUAAGGAGCAAUGCCAGUUCUGCGUCAUGGAUGUCAACUGAGAGUUCACAGAGUCAAGCUUCUGCGUCGGUCCAUACUGAUAGUAAUGCGUCGUUUGUUAUUGAGGACGAACAAAUGGACGCAUCAGUAACAGAAACAUACUUAGGAGAGUGGAAAAACGACAAACGAACAGGCUUCGGAAUAUCCGAGCGCAGCGACGGACUCCGUUACGAAGGCGAGUGGUUCAACAACCGGAAAUACGGGUACGGCGUGACGACCUUCCGAGACGGUUCCAAAGAAGAGGGCAAGUACAAGAACAACGUCUUGAUAACCUCCCAAAAAAAGAAACACCUGUUCCUGAUCCGUUCGGCAAAGUUCCGGGAACGAAUAGACGCCGCAGUGAGUGCAGCGCAACGUUCCAGCAAGAUGGCGCUCCAGAAAGCAGACAUAGCAAUUUCCCGCACAGCGACAUCUCGCGGAAAAGCCGAACUGGCGGACAUUGCCGCUGACCACGCGAGACAGGACUCGGAACUGGCCCAGCAGACGGCGAAGCAGUUCGCGCCUGAUUUCAGACAGCCUGGGCUCGAGCGUUUAAGGAACCGGGAGAUUCCCAAGUACGUUCCGCCUCCGCAAGACGCUCAGCCGGCCAAAAGCAUCCUCUCGUCUGCGAAAACUGCAGCUGAGUCUACGCCUGCGAAAUCAAGUGAAGUUCCAAGCCCACCCGCGCUCUCUGCUGGAGGAACCGCUCCGAACAAUGCCCAGAACUUCAACCAGUCCAUCCGACGACCCAGCAUGAAGGCGAUGACCAAUCAGAUUCCUAUCUUGGGGAACGCCAAUCAAAAUCAUCCGCAGAACAGUGGACUUGCGGGACAAUAUGGCGCAGGCUCGGGUCUAGGUCCUGGUCCUGUUCCCGGUCCUGGGCCUGGGCCUGGGCCUACUGGUGCUCAGAGUUAUAAUUACGGUGGUGGUAGUGGUGGUGGUGGUGUCAGUGAUGGUGGACAAUUUAUGGUUAAUUCAAACGCAUAUGCACCAGGUGUUAGUCAGUUUGGUUUAGGACCAAUGCCCAACACGCAACAAGUUUUAGAAAUCAGUGGUGGCGCUCCUGCUUCUGGAUAUCUACCUCAACAUGGAUAUCAAUUUCCAAAUCAACAGAUUUAUCAGCAAACCCAGAGUUUAUACGACCCGACGAGUAUGGCCCCUAGCAAUUUAUUACCACAACAAAUUUAUGGUGGGAUGAAUAAUUAUCCUAAUGGUAAUUAUAAUUCAAUGGCUUUCCAACAAAUGCAACAACAACUUCAGCAACAACAGCAAUUGCAAUUGCAACAACAACAACAACAACAACAAAUGCAACAGCAACAAAUCCAGCAACAAGUUCAACAGCAAAACCAACAGUACGAAGCUAAUGAUGGAAUGAGACAGUCUACUUUGAGAAGAAAUAGCAGAAUUUUGAGUCAGCAAGAUCGACCUACUACGGUCGUCAAUGCGCAGUCUUUGAAUGAUCGAUUGGAUCAUUACAAAAGGCCACCGAGUCGAGAUAGUUCUGUCGAUCGUUAUCGUACGAAUCGUUUACUUGGAUCACGUCAACCUUCUGUUGAUAAACAAUCACAAGAUGGUGAUAGAACUGGAAGAAGCGGAAGUUUAAUAAGAUCGGGAACACCAUUGAACGGAUCAGCUAUCGGAAGCGGAGCAGCCACGCCGACUUACACGCCUCCUACAACCAGCCAGUUCGAGGGCGCCCUGCGACGUCGCGGAACCGGCCAGGAAAUAAUUCCCAGCGCCGUCCAACCGAAGCGAACUGAAAGCUUGUACGUAGCACCUGCCCGCGGUUCCAUCGGCGGCGGAGGCGGCGGCGGCGGUAAAAUAAAAGCCAUACCGGUACCAGCGAUGCCACUCCAAAGGAAGAAAUCGCUGCCGGACGUGUACCAACCGAUCCAAUUGACAGCGACAAGUCCGCUGUCCAGAGAGGAGGUCAGCGUGCUGAGCAGUAUGAGGAGAGAGGAGAUACGAAGACAAAUUGACGAAAGUGAAAGACUCAGGGCCAAUCCCCUUCUGUAUCUAGUCAGUCCCCAGGUCAAAGACUGGUUCUCGCGGCAGCAACUAGUGAUGCUUGUACUUUUUAUCAACAUAUCAUUGGCCCUGAUGUUCUUCAAAUUGUUGACGUAGCAAAUGCUUGUUGAUAAAUAUUUAAU